AUGGCCACACAGGUCUCAGCACCCCACGGAUCCCACGUGCCCCCCAUGUGCCAUGAGCAAGCCGGCGGCUGCGGCCUCAUCCUGCCCACCUGCCGCGGGCUCCGCGUAUCCACGGGCACCCGCGUCCUGUACACGCUCCUGCAUGUCCUGGCCUCUGCUGUGUGCUGCCUCAUGCUGUCCCGCACCGUGGCCCAGGCCGUGAGGGAGAAGGUGAUGGCGGGAGCUGGGACACCCAGGGUCCUGGGGCUGACGGGCGCCGCGCAGGACAAGCGCUGGUACCUGGCUGUGCUGCUGGCCACGGCCACCUUCUACACCCUCGCCUCCGCCGCCUUCUCCUUCCUCUACAAGUACUACACCCACCCGGCAGCCUGCCACCUCAACAAGGCGCUGCUCACCGUGAACGGCAGCCUCUGCGGCAUCAUGUCCUUCAUCUCCAUCACACCCUGUGUGCGGCUCAAGCAGCCGCGGUCGGGGCUACUGCAGUCCUCAAACAUCAGCUGCUACGGCAUCUCCCCCCGCCGGGGCGCACACUCGUCUCACUUCUGCCCCCCCGCAGUGCUCUACAAGGGACAGAACCUCACCGUCUGCUUCCCGGGUGUCCGGCAGGACGAGCUGCAGACAGAGGACACCACUGUUGCUGUCCUGGGGGCCGCCAUCAUGUACGCCUGUGUGCUCUUCGCAUGUAAUGAAGCCUCCUACCUUGCUGAGAUCUUCGGGCCCCUCUGGAUGGUCAAAGUGUACAGCUUCGAGUUUAAAAAACCCUCCUGUUGCUUCUGCUGCCCUGAGAAGAUGGAGGAGGAGCUGAGAGGUGCCGAGCAGACGUGUGAGCAAGCAGAAGAGACCAACGGGGGACAAUGCAUCAUCCAGGACGAGCGAGACCGGGUGGUCUACAGCUACUCAGCCUUCCACUUCGUCUUCUUCCUCGCCUCGCUCUACGUCAUGAUGACCCUCACCAACUGGUUCAGCUACGAGAACGCGGUGUUGGAGACCACCUUCACGCACGGCAGCUGGUCGACCUUCUGGGUGAAGGUGUCCUCAUGCUGGGCCUGCGUCCUGCUCUACUUGUGGCUGCUGCUGAGCCCCCUCUGCCUCCCCAGCUCCCCCCAGAGAUGGAGGGACCCACACGGGGCUCGGGAACGGGCAUCGGGCAGCUGCGGCGCCAUCUCGGGGACAUCGCCGAGGGACCCGUCUCGCCCUGCCCAGGAGAACAACCGUCUGCAUCGCACCCUGCGGGAGGCUGAGCGCGGCGUCUCCCAGCUGCAGGCAGAGCUGGAGCAGCUGCGGGAGGACUUCUCCGAGCGGGACCAGCAGCGCAAGAGGGAGCAGCUGGCCCUGCGGGAGAUGGCGGAGGAGGACCUGGCGUUCGCCAGCUACGUCAGGAUGCUGCAGACGAUGAACAGGACCCUCUGUGAGAGCAACGUCAGCCUGCGCUCAGCCCUGCUGCGCAGCUCACAUGCGGACCCGCGAGUGGAGCCCCUGGCGCUGGAAGCCACAGAGCCCCCCUUCUACGGGUUCUGCCUCACCUCCACACACGGUGCCUCCAUGCUGAACACCUUCUCCCCUGCAGCCAUGCCCCGCUACGCGGUCACGCAGCCCCCUCACCGCCUGCCCAGAGGGCACCCACAGCAGACCCCCAGCCCUCCAACAGGCGAGGCAGAGGGACACCCCUGCUCUGCUAGGUGCUUCAGCAAGAGGAAGCUUCCCGCCUUUGCACCGGAGGGGUGGGAGAGGAGAGAGGAACCUGCGCCCCCCUGCCCCAUGUACCGGCUGGGGCUGGCAGGCGAUGGGGGCACAGGGAAGUCCAGCUUCCUGCUGCGCCUCUGCACAAACGAGUUCCGAGGAGAAAUCUCCAGCACCCUUGGUACGCCCCCCACCUCCCCAAGCACCCUCGCUGCCCUGGCUGGGGCCGAGGCACAGGAGCAGCGCCUGACUCACACCCCCGUCCCCAGGUACCGGAGCAUCACCCAGUCCUACUUCCGCAAAGCCCACGGUGUGCUGCUCCUCUACGACAUCAGCUCCCCGAGCAGCUUCCUCAGCGUCCGCCAGUGGAUUGAGGACAUCAAG